UAGUAAAAAUACUUCUGUUCGCUUCACAAUGUUUACAUUGGGAUGACUUGUAAUCUUUGUGCUGUACAGAUGUCUUCCACUGACACUGCAAUGGCAAGGUGUGACUACUGUAAUCAUUUGUGCGAUAAGUACACAACAAAAAAUAGGCCUAAUAGAGGAAGAUCGUUCUUCAAAUGCCCAAGGCAUAAUGAAUAUUUUAUGUGGGUAGAUGAAUUUUGCUUAUGUGAUUGUGGCGAGGGACAAUGCAAGCCCCUUGAUCGAGGUUGCAAUUUUUUUCGAUGGAUUUAUGGAGACAGCAAAUUGACAAGUGCACAGUCUUCCGAUUGUGGAACAAGCAAUUCAAUGGUUGGAGCUCAGUCUUCUCCAUCAGCACCUUCCUCUGAUUUUGUGAAAGGUUACUUGGAAAGAGCAAUCAAAGGUGAAGAGGAGAAGUCUAGAGUACUGAAAAAUGAAAUGGAUGUGUCUGAGGAAAAGCGAAAGAUAUAUACCGAUAUCCUGGAGGCCAUUAAUAAUAUAGACAUAAAUAAAGGUGGUAGUUAGAGGGUAAUGACCAACUAUUGGGAACUUGUAAGACAUAUGGCAUAAACAUGGGAAUAUUUGCAUUUUAAUCUACUAUUAUUGGUUGAUAUUUCUUGUUUCGUAAAAUUAUGAUGUAAGUUCGAGAUAAGGAAAUUGGUAGUUGUAUGUCUGAUUAAAAUGAAGGGUCAUGAGUUUCUGAAGAAAGUAACAAAAGUGGAAUUAUUUUCAUUAAAAUUUCUUAUAAACAUCAUAUUCUGUCAGAAAUGUUCCCAGAAAUAGAAU